GCCACCGCUUUGCGCAUGCGCAAGGCAGCCUUCACUUCCGCCCGGCGUCCCGCAGCCCCGGAAGCGGGGGCGGGGGUUUCCGGUUCCGGGUGGCGGCGGCGGGGGGGCGGCGGGGCCGGGCUCGGGCGGUCGGAGCGCGGAGGGGCCGCGGCAGGCGAAUCCCUCUGGAUUCAGCUCCGUCCCCGCAGAUCCAGCACCCACCCAGCUCGGGGGGUCCCGGCUUUUGGGGGGAGCCCGGCCCUGCCUCCCCCCCUUCCUGCCCCAGUGGCCCCCUCGGGAGGAGGAAGAGGAGGAGGAGGAGGAGGAGGAGGAAUGGCGGCGCCGUGGCGGGCGAGUCUCCUGGCCUGCGAGGGGCUCUCGGGCGUCUGCCUCGUCCCCACCGUUGCCAGCAAGAAGAUGAUGCCCAAAUCCGGCGGGAAGCAGGACGGGAACCGGGAACGGGGCUCCAGCCCUGACCUCCUGUCCCUCCGCCAGGACCCCGACAAGCCCCGCGCCCGCAAGGACGAUGAUGCUCCUGAGGCCUCCAACCCCAAGAAAUCCAUGAAAAAGCGCCGCAAGCGGGUUCCCGGCGCCGAGGGACCCCCGAGCUCCUCCCGCCGAGGAUCCCAGAUGGUGGUGAUUGAGCAAAACGGCUCCUUCCAGCUCAAGAACUUCAUCUGCGACCAUUGUUUUGGAGCUUUCCGGAGCAGCUACCACCUCAAACGGCACAUCCUCAUCCACACCGGGGAGAAGCCGUUCGAGUGCGACAUGUGCGACAUGCGCUUCAUCCAGAAGUACCACCUGGAGCGGCACAAGCGCGUGCACAGCGGGGAGAAGCCCUACCAGUGCGAGCGCUGCAUGCAGAGCUUCUCCCGCACAGACCGGCUACUCCGACACAAGCGCAUGUGCCAAGGCUGCCAGACCAAGACCCCUCCCGACUCCCAGCUCCUGCUGUGAACACCUGGGAAUUCCGGGAAGUUCAGGGGGUGCGGGAGGGAGGUGUUUCUUCCUUCACGGCCCCCCCCUCCCCAUCACCAUGCUCUGCCUCACCUGGAUUUCUCACCCCUGUAAGGAUGGGGAAGAACCUGAGCGCUGCCAACGUGAAAAAACUCAGAUCGUUCCUGCCCUCCGGCCUAAACACUUGGAUUAUGAUCCCAAAAAUCCUCCUGGAAUCUUCAAGUGGCCCCCCCACCAUCAUUAUACCCCUGAAUCCACCCCUCCCCCUCUUAGGAAAAACUGGGAACCCCCAAACUGCCCGAAAUCCCAGUGGAUCCGGGAUACCUGUGCACAGGUAGGAGGGUCCCGCUGGGAACAGCAUCAAUCACUCUCUUUUGGAAAAGAAGGAAAACUGAAACUGUUGGGGGGUGCCUCAGCUUGAGGGGGGUGGGUUUUUUGGAAAAUAGGAAAAAGAAUUUGGGGGCCCCUCCUUGAGCAGAGCAUCCUGUGGGACACUCAGCAGCACUUCGCAUUUCCUCUGGAACUCCUUCAAAUUUUGGAGGAUUUCUCCUUCUCCUGCAUAGUUUUGGGGUACUGCCUAUGUCCCCCCAUGCUGGGAGGUGGGGGGGAGAAAGGGGGGGGGGGGCGAGAGGCCCCCCUGUUUCCCUUUCCCCUCCGAGGAAAAGAAGACCCCUGGAUCAGGGGUGAGGUGACGGGGGCAGGAGCAGCCCCCUAAAACUGAGGUGGGCCCCUGCUCUCACCAUUUUGGGGGUGUCCCUGUCCCCCCAUCACAGACUGCUGCAAGGGGCAGGAGAGAUGAGUUUGGCCCUCCUCAUUUUUGUGCCCUGAACUCCCUUUCUGGGCCUGUGGGAGUUUUGGGAGGGGCUCAAAUUUUGGGGCCUCCCCCAAUGAUACUUCAAGAAGGACUUUGGCUCUGCUGAGCCUAUUCCCCCAAAAUUGUGGGGCCUGGCAGUGGGGAGGGGGGCGGGUUGGGGGAUUCUUGGGGGAAGGGGGGGGAACUCCAGGGCUCCCCACCUGCAAGGGCUCCCAGCCCCCAUCACACCCCCCCCCAGGCUUCAUUUUCGGGGUGUUUUAUUGGGAUUUAGGGUUUAAUACAGUUAUUUUGCUAAUGGGGAAGAGGGGUGCAGCCCUAGGGGGGGGGGGGGGGAGGGUCACUUUUAAACUGUAGAUUUUUCUAAGGGUCCCCAAAUUUUGUGUUCCCCCUUUCCACUGUGUACCCCCAGUGUCUCCCCACCCCGCACUGUGUGUCCUCCCUCCUCCUUUAGGGUUUAUUUAAAUAAAAACUUGGGUUUUUGCUUUUUUUAA